AUGCGUGGAGUUCUUGCCACCACAAUUGGUGCUUUGGCCGUCACAGCAACGGCCGCCGGUUCGAACACGACCUGUGCUGGGAGUCUGUACAUUCUCUGUGCCCGCGGCUCAGGUGAACUUGCUGUCGCGCCAAAGGCAGGGACCUAUCCUGACAAUACCGGGUCGCCUGGGAUUCUUGCUCUUCAGGUUGCCAGCCGGAUCGAAGGAACCGUGAUCGCCGGCGUCAUCUACCCGGCAACGGAUCCCACAGCGACUGGGGCCCUAAACAUAACUGCUUACGAGUUGUCAGAGAACGCCGGAGCCAAAGCUAUAGUGGAGGAGGUGAACCAGUACCACUCAGCGUGCCCAGACUCCAAAAUUGCCCUUAUUGGCUACUCACAGGGGGCACAAGUGGUCCAAGAUGCCCUCUGUGGCGGUACUGGCGGCGACUUUAACAAUGACGCGCCACUAUCACCUGAUUUAGUCAACAAGAAUGUCAUUGCCAUUGCCCUCAUCGCCGACCCAACGCACAUCGCCAACACGACGUACGACCACGGCACAGGAGUUCAUGAUGGUGUCUUCCCGCGGAAGAACACUACGGUGUGCAACCAGUACAGUGGUCUCAUGGGAUCAUGGUGCGGCGCGAACGACCAAUACUGCGAUUCCGGCAACAACAUCACGGUACACGAGCUCGCCCCCUUGACAUAUGAAGACGAUGUUGUGCAAUUCGUGGUUGAGAGGUGGAACAAUUCAACGUCGCAACGUGGUUCAGGGUCGACCGCUACCGGGACUUCUAGCUCCACAGCCACGGGAACGUCCACGGGAUCACCAACAAACACCCCGACAAGUAACACUGGCUCCGCUUCUGGCCUCCUCUGGAGCCAGAACUUGCUCCUGGGAGCCGGGAUGUUGCUUUCUAUGCGGUCGCUUCGUUAACUCGGAGGGGUGAUGACCUGGCCCUCGGUCUCGAAGCGUUGCGGCCGCCUUGUGAUUUUUAUUUCUUCUUCACUGAGGCCUAGAAGAGGCUGAAUGCACCCCAUGCCAACGUGGUUGAAAGCUACCUCUUGCAAACUGAGUGCUUCUUGAGCCUGACGAGUGUCUUCGUAGAAGCCAUCAGGGAGCUUUCCGAAAAUGAUCAAGAUGUUACAAAGCGGCCUGCGUCCAGGUCAGGGGCCAUUCCAGGGAGCCAGGGAAAGGAGAGUAUUGACUUGCUCUAUACUCAUGCUCUCUCACUGCCAUACCCUCUUAUAAACUUCUAAUCUGCCAAGAAACCCACGUAUCGAACGAUUCUGGUGGAGCCAUUCGUAACCUCUGGAUCACAUUACCUAGAUAGAGCUGUAUACUGUAUUGCUGAGAAACCGGAUUCCUCAGUAGCAAACCAC